ACACAACACAACAAAACCAAACAAACUUACUUCACCACUUCACCACUUCACCCAUCCCCUCCCUCUGUCACCAUUCAUUAUCCGUUUUCAUAUCAAUUAACAGUGCAAAAGACACCAAAAAAGAGAGUUACUGUGUGCACCAACGACAACAACUUCUAUAUAUCUAUCUACAUAUACUUAUGUAUAUAUAUUUUUCAUCGUUACUUUCCCCAUUUUUCUAGAAAGAGAAGGAGCAAGCAAGCAAACCAAAGCAACAACAAGAGAGAGAGAUAUUCCUGAUCCUGACCCUCAUCACCAUUUUUAUAUCUCAGGAAUGUCAGAGGUUAAAGGCUCUGCCAUAAAGCUCUUUGGAAGGACAAUUUCUCUGCCACACAAUGAUUCUUCUGCACCUCCGACUCUCGCUUGUCCUUCAUCUUCCUCUUCUCCCCCGGAACCUACCUCUGCAACACAACAACACCAAGAAGACCAGGAAGCACAGAGGAAACAACUUACCUCACUUGAAGACGAUGAUGCCUCAUCACAUGAAACCACAGAGGAUUUAAAAUCUGCCGCUUCAGACGUACUCGAGAAUCCUAAGACUCCCUCAGCGGAAACAGAGACAUCACUGCAGAAAUCUCCCGAAAACGAAGAACAGAGUGAGACAAGUGCUUCUGAAGAAAAAACACCAAAGAAACCUGACAACAUACUUCCAUGUCCGCGGUGCAAUAGCAUGGACACCAAAUUCUGCUACUACAACAACUACAAUGUCAACCAGCCUCGUCAUUUCUGCAAGAACUGUCAGAGAUACUGGACUGCAGGAGGAACGAUGAGGAAUGUGCCCGUGGGUGCUGGUCGCAGAAAAAACAAGAACACUUCGGCUGCAGCUGUAUCACAUUACCGACAGAUAAUGAUGCCGGAGGCAUUUCAGGGAGCUACACUGAAUGCCUCCAAUGGAUUGCAUAAUGCCCUUUUUGGGAAUGGAGCAGCUGUGUUGACUUUUGGUUCUGAUACCCCUCUCUGUGACACCAUGAGUUCUGUGUUGAACAUUGCUGAGCGAGCCCAAAGUUGUGUAUCAAAUGGGUUUCAUGCAACUGAGCCAAAUGGUUAUUUUUCCUAUAGUAAGGAGGGUGAUGGGGGUGGUCAUUCUACUGGAGUUUCUGUUUCAACAACUUCAAAUUCCAGCCAUGCUAGCUCACAUGAAUCGGUUGAUAAAAGAGUUGAAGGUUUCACUCCUCAGUUAUCAUACUUCCCAGGUGCCCCUUGGCCUUAUCCUAUGCCUCCUACAUUUUUCCAACCUAGGUACCCUUUAUCAUUCCACACUACACCAGCCUAUUGGAGUUGUAUGCCACCCUCUUGGAAUAUCUCAUGUAUGUCAUCCCAAUCUUCUGAUAGCAACACUGUCUCUGCCCCCAUUUUGGGGAAACACUCAAGGAAUGGGAACAUCAUCACCCCAUCGAACUCACAGAAAGAAAUACAUAACAGUUCAGAGCACAAUUUCUUGAUUCCCAAGACUCUUAGAAUCGAUGACCCUGGUGAAGCUGCAAAGAGUUCCAUGUGGUCAAAACUAGGAACCAAGAAUGACAGGACCAGCUCUGGAGGCCUUUUCCAAGCUUUUCCACCCAAGGGAAAUGACAUGAAUCACAGGGUUGAAGCAUCACCACAGUUGCAAGCCAACCCUGCAGCUCUAUCGCGCUCUCUUACCUUCCAUGAACAGACCUGAAUGAGAAUCACAGUGAGGCAAGUGAGAUUCUCACUGUGCUUAUGCAUUGAUAUGAAAAACAAGGUUUAUGCAAGUAGAACCCCAUUUUGAUGAAAAGUGUUGUUUCUUUCCCUCAAGAAAUUGUUUUAUUGAACAACCUCUGAGUAGGAUUCCUAGGAGCAAAUUGUUUCUUUAUGGCUUCCCCAGCUACCAUCUUCAGCCAGUUAAACUGAACAGGUGUUUUUGCUGCAUAAUUAGGAGAUCUGUUGAGUAAAUAUCUUGGUGUAUAGAUAUAGAUAUAUAUAAAUGAGACAAGGAAAACUAGGAGGAGAAGAAACAAUGGCAAGGAGAUUCUUAGACUAAAAUCCAAUGGUUUAGAAUACACAUGCAAGUCUUCAUUGGAAUUCUCUUGUUAUUUUUUCCCUUUUUUUUUUACAGAUUCUCUACUUUAAUAAUGUUAGUCCCAGAUUAUGAUAUUUAUGUAAGCUUUCUUUAUUUUA